AUGGCUAACAUUGUGACCGUCAACAAAAAGACUACGAAGCAUACCUUCUCUUGCAGUUUCUACCGUGAGGAUAUAACACCUUUGGUUCGAUUGAGCACCCGAGUUACUGGGCAAAAUUUGGAUGAAUUCAGAAAGACUUAUGGCCACAUUCUGCUUAUGUUAACUACUCGUAUUGUUGAGUGGGGUCUCUACACUCUUCUUCAGUUUUAUGAUUCUGAGCUGCGCUGCUUUACCUUUCAAGAUUACCAACUAGCCCCUACCCUCGAAGAGUAUGCACACAUUCUUCAAAUCAAAGUUCAACAUAAGGAUAACUGGAAGCCUAAUGGUGGGACCCAUGGAUUCUAUGUGAAAUUUCUGAUGAGGGAAGCUGAAACCCUUGCUGAUAAGGAAAAGUGGAAAGAAUUCAAUGCUCUCCUGGCCGUCAUGAUCUAUGGAUUAGUGAUGUUCCCGAAUAUUCCAAAUUUUGUUGAUCUCACUGCCAUUUGUCUCUUCCUGGAUCAGAAUCAUGUACCCACUCUGUUGGCCGACACUUAUUAUGCCAUCCAUUCUAGGUAUGGGAAAAAAGGAUCAGUUCGGGGUUGUUUGCCAAUACUGUACGAAUGGUUUUCUUCACAUUUGCCUAAAAGCGGAGCAUUUGUCACUACAAGAGAUUCACAGAAGUGGCCCCAAAGGAUUAUGGGACUUACUGCAAAUGAUAUUGUUUGGUAUCACCUCCGAACAGAUAUCGAGCAAGUUAUAACCAGAUGUGGCAGUUUUGGCAAUGUUCCUCUCAUAGGGACAAAAGGAGUUAUCAACUAUAAUCCGAAGCUAGCACUGCGCCAGUUGGGUUUUGUACUGAAGGACAAGCCUUUGGAUAAGGAGAUAUUUGAGUCCGUUUGUUUUGAAAAAGGAACCGAUCCAGAAAGUUUGGAGAAAGUAAGGAAAAGAGUUAAGGAGCGCCUGCUACCUUUCCCGAAGGUUAGCCCUCUAUAUGAACAACCACCUGAGAUUUUAACUGCCACUGUACCAGCUGAGGAUUACAACCAAGUACAUGUGGAGAAUAUCAGGUUGCGAGAAAAAGGGGAAGACGCUAAAAUAAAGUACUUCUUGGUGGAUCAGAAAAGGGCUGAAUUAGCACAUGAGCUUGAAGAGGAAACCACCCAAAGGGUAGCAAUCGAGAAGAAGCUUGAAGAGGAAAUUACUCAAAGGAUAGCCGUGGAGACACAACUUAAAGGUAGUCAUCUCCGUUCCGCUCGACUAACAGAAGAGAAUGCAAAACUCAGAAACCAGAUAGCAGAAAUGGAAAGUACAUCUAAAAAGAAUACCCUCCCCGAUUGCAAAGGAUGUGAGAGCUUGGUGGCCCACUGUGAUAUGUUAGAUGGGCAGUUGUUUCGCAAAGAUGUGGUGAUUCAAAGUUUUGUCAAAGGAACAGAUCGAGAAGUGACCAAGAAGAUGUUUGAUGAAACUAAGAAGUGGAGCGACGAGCACUUUAAACAAGGAGGACCUUUGUUUUACACCAAGAUGGAUUAG